AUGUUGGCCAUGUUCUGGACUGGCACGUUAUAUUAUCCAGUGUUCAGUUCCCUUUCUUUUAGUUUCUUCUUUCUCUCAUUAGAUCGACUGUUUACCUUAACAUACCCUUUGCGAUACACUAAUAAGCAUCGACGUUUAUUAACGUAUCUGAACGUUACUACACAAGUCUGCGUAUACGUUAUUACUGUAACGUUUGAAAUAUUGUUGUUGGAUCAGGUUAGGCCUGGAUAUGAUUGUACGUUUUCUUUGCACUGUUCCUUUGCACGUUUUCUAUGGACUUUUUGUUUUGUUCUAUGAACUUUUCGACCUGUUUCUAUGAAAUUUUUGACCUUUUUCUAAGAAAUUUUUAUAUCCAGAAUGCUAUAAAAAAUGAUCCUAAAAACUUUUUGACCGGUUUCUACAAACCUUUUGACCUUUUCUACAAACUUUUUUAACUAAGUUUUUUCCAACGGACCUUUUCACAAACAUCCCUAUACUUCCUAACCAAUUUUUCUAAAAUUUCAGCAUGUGUAAUAUACGGAUGUGUAACAAAAGAUAACGCAACACUACAAGUUAUUUGGCCAUUCACGCUACCUUUAGCAUGUACAAAUUUAGUACUUGGCCUUUCUUAUUAUCGUAUAUACGUCAAAUACAGCGCGGCCAGGGUUGUUCAUGGCAGUAAAAAGGUGGGUUUUGAAAGAAACGAAAAUUUCAAAAAAAAAGUUUUUUAAAGAUUAUAUUUUCAUUUUUUUUUGACAUAUAGGCUAAGGUCUAUCUUUCAGGUAAACCACGCAGCCCUAUUCGCAGUAUCUUUGGAACUCUUCUUCAAAUUAUUGCCGCAAGCAUUAAUCCGAAUACACGCUGUAAGUUCUAGCAAAACUCGUGACAGAAGCGGUUAUCAGUUCAAAUCCUACAAUAUUUAAGCCAAAAAACGCCAUAAUUAACUAAAAAUAACUUUUUUUGACCAAUUUCUUAGUUUUAUCCCGAAAUAUCAGAGUUUAUCAUCUUUAAAAAUUCACUGCCACUUUAAUUGCCAUUUUAAAAUCUUGAAAUUUAAAGGACUUAAACUAUAUAGUAUAGGCCUGAUUUGCUCUAAAUUUCAACUUUUUAGCUAUAAAAGUGAAUAAGUUAUGAGCUUUGAACUGUUAUCCAUCUAAAACAAUAUAAUUUUUCCCUUAUUGUUUCAGUGUUUACGCCGCUAUAACAUUAACUUCCUGUGUAAAACAUGCCGUGUUACAGUGAAAAAAUGUUCAUUCGAGUUCAAGAACCCAAUUUUGAUAUUUUUAGGCAAUGGGCGGAAUAAUGCACACGAAAAUGGGACCCUUCUUGACGUACUUCCACGCUGCCGAAGUGACUUGCCUGACACUUGCGUAUUGUAGUGUGCUUGGAGUGAAGAAACGUUUGAAACAGCCUUCGAGUAGUGUCAUAAGCAGAGUACAAACAAGAACUCAACCAGUUUGA